AAAUCACUCUCUCUCUGUCCACCAGGAAAUCACUCUCUCUCUCUCCCUCUCCAUCCUCUCUCUCUCUGCGUGACUGCAUCCAUUCCGUCCAUCAUUGCCGAUUAUGCACUUAUGCCAAGUUACUAACGCCAAAGCUCACACUACUGUCUCACUCACCGCAUCCUCUCUCUCUCAAGUCCGCUACCUCCGCCCUCAGCUACUCGCCCAGAAAUCUACCAUUUUCUACACCGAGAGCAGAGAGAAAAAGGGAGAGGUGAUCACUGGCAUGAACUGCAUCAAGAUUCUCCUUCUAGUCUCACUGAUCCCUCUCGCGCUGAGGGGAGCGUCGCUUCUCGGCGACGCCGUCGUCCCGUCACCUUCCCCUGACCCUGCAUCAGGCACCAGCGUCUUGGCGCCUCUAGUGCAAGUGGAGAAAUGGAGGCACCAGCGGCGGAGGAUAGUUGAUCAGAGAGGCCGCGCCACGGCCGCCUUCGCCCCGCGGCGGUUCCGCGGCACCGGCAGCUUCUUCCGGGACGACAAGAGGUUCGCGCCGACGGGGUCGAACCCUCUGCACAACCUUUGAUCGGCCGAUGGUUCAAUGUAAUUUUCUUCUUGUAGAUACUGUCGAUCGAAUUAAUUAUUGAUUCGGUUUGAUGAAUUGGCUAUUCUGCGUCCUAUUGGUGUUUAAUUUUGUCAUAUAUAUGUGUUAAUAAUUUAGCAUGAAAGGUUAUUAAGAACCCAGUAUGGCAGUAUAGUUUUUUUUUUAA